AUGCUCCUACCUCAGGAAAUCUUUGAACAGAUCGCCUCACAUCUCACCUGGGCGGACCUCAGCCGACUGUCGCAGACAUGCUGGGCGCUGCAUGAACAAGCUGCCCCGCUACUGUGGAACACAAUCGGACCAGGCCACUUUGCACAGACCCCGUCCACCGUGUGGGACUACCACGAUCUCGUGGGCCAACAUCCGACUGCCCGACCAACAUACACCGUGUCCAAGACGGGUCUCAAGUUGCAACUGCAUGGCAACUACGUGCGCAACAUCCAAAUCACGUCUUUCGAGAAGCCCAUUCUCUUUCUGCUCGACCGACAGGCUAUUCCUGGAGUCAACCAGAUUGGGGUCCGGUUCUACGGAAAAAAGCCGUAUUCCGAUUUCAAUGAGCGGUUUGAAGUCGGCAUGAAAAUCAAGGGGUGGCGAAACGACGUUCACGUGGACUUUAUGCCUCGAUUGUCCCGGUAUCUGUUGGAAAACCCCUCCGUAUCACUUCAACUGCGUACUAAUGACCCCACAAUUCUCUACGAGAUUCUCAACCAUAAUGUGUGCUCGCAGGUGACACUUUUCGACUGCCAGCUCGUCCGAGGAACGGUCUUGUUCAAAAACCUCAUCCGACCCUCGGUCCUCAAACCCAUCUUCAUCUGCCAGUUCUUGCAGAGAGCCACCAACCUACAAACCCUCCGUCUGGCCUACGAUCCCUACGGAGUGCUUCUGGAUGAACCUCCCCACCCCCCCUUUCCCCUGGGUCCCUCGGAGCAGGAUCUGGCACUGGUAUUUUCCGGCCUAACAAGCCUGCAGACCCUCAUCUGUCCUCCCUCCAUGUUCUCCACCCUCAGAGAUGGAGCUUCGUACCCUCCCAAUAUGCGACGACUCAUUGUAGAGGCCGCUGAAAACUUCAACGCAGCCGCCUACCUGCCUAUCGUCAAGUCCAUGCCUUCCUUGAGACGAGUCGAUAUGGUCUGGGGAAAGAACUCGGUCCAGGGCAUGGCAACAUUUGCGCAACUCUGGGAGGCAUCUGGAGCCGGACGAAUGAUUGAGCUGUGGCAGUAUUGUGAGGCCUAG